AAAACUAUGCAAGUAAUAAUUUUUCUCAUUUACAAAAUUACGUCUUAGAUUACCUGGGAAGCAAAUCCAGCAACUAAGACUUGAGGAAUCAGGAGUACCGGUACGAGAUCUUUCCCAGAUUUAGGAAUCUUCUAUAACGCAAAGAUGGAAACUUUCUUAAAACAAUGAAACAUCAUCUGGAUGUUCUAAGCUCAAGGAAUAUGAAUAUGAAUUUGAUGAGUUUCUCCCACAUUUCAUCAAAGCUCACUCUUUUUUUCUUAGCGCUUUUGCUCCGACUCAACUUAAAGUCAGUCUUUGCUGCUACUUGCGAAUAUGACACUCUUGAGCGCAACAAAUUGUACAGCUAUAGCUUAUCUUCUCCUAUCAAUAAUUUCCCUCAUGGUGUUCUCAGCGAAGAUGGGUUUUACAAAGUAGCUGCAAAUGAUACUAUUAUCUGGUUUCAGCUCUGUGAUGGAAUGAUCUUCAAUCAUGAUCCUCCAAGAUGUGUUGAUUGUUGGGGUUGUGGGGGACCAUUACGUUGCGGAAUGGGUUGCAGUGCCCUCGUGGCUAAAUACAGUGGAGGCUAUUAUGCAUGCACAACUAUUGGGCAUAAAACAAACUUUGACAUCAAUCUUACAGAUAAGAAUACUCCAGAUAAGGGUGUCACUGUUACAAUGUCAAGCAAUAUUGACGGAGUUAACUGUUCACUUUCUGUUUCCAUUGUUUGUGACAAAAACAGUGUUAAGGACCCAGAAACCUUGAAAAAAUUGGGGACCUGUCAUUACGCAACUGAGCUAAGACAUCCCGCAGGCUGUCCAAAGAUUGCAGCUCAUGCGACAGGAUGGGGAUGGUUUGGUAUUCUUUUGACAAUACUGCUAUGCAGCAUUGGGGCCUAUCUGCUCAUUGGCGGAGUCUACCGUUUUUCCUACCUCGGUAUUCGUGGUUUAGAUGUUAUCCCGAGCUUAGAUUUCUGGAUCAGCAUACCACAUAGAAUUAAGAGUGUUUUCAUGUCCUUGGUGCAAAGGUUUAGAGGACCUACUUACCAUCAUAGAAGUUCUUAUUCUUCAGUCAACUUCUGAGUUCACAUCUUUUGUCAGUGUCAUCUGUAUAAUGAUAUUGUUACCUCUACAUGAUUCGGAGAGUUGCAUCUUAGUAGUGAGUACCAUUUGAACAAAAAGGCUUCAUCAAGUGAGAAAUAUAAUUUUUGUUGAAGAUGCAGUAUAAUACUCCGUAGUAUAUACUGUUAACAGUCAGUAUUUUAUUUUUGUCGUAGCGCAGGAACUAAAUUUGUUGUCCUUUCUAAUCCGAUUCAUUUUGUACAAUAACAAAUGUUUGAGUACCAAAUGCAGUUGAUUUUUGACAUGUUCAAUACUCA